GCCUCAAAGAAUUAUAAUUUUAUGGUUGUUGCACAUGCCUCUUACAAUGGCCUUAUACAUGCCUUUUACAAUGGCCUAUUACAUGCAUCUAACAAUGGCCUAUUUUGUUUUCCAUAUUAAAAUUUGCUUUCAUAAUCUUUUCAUGUUCACUUCCAAAUCUCCAUACAGAAAAUGAGCAGGGAAGGAGAUUGGAUCUGUGCUGCAUGCCAGCACCUAAAUUUCAAGAAACGGGAUGCAUGCCAACGAUGUAGCUGCCCAAAAUAUGCAACCACCACUGAUGUUUACAUGUAUGGACUAAACAAAACAGAAGUCCUAGCUGGAGACUGGUAUUGCAGUGACAUAAACUGCGGUUCUCACAACUACGCAAGCAGAACAAGCUGUUAUAAAUGUGGUGCCUUAAAAAGUGAUUAUUAUGGUAUUGGGACGGGAAUGAUAGCAUCAACGGGUUAUGGAUAUGACGCAAGUGCUCGUCCUGGUUGGAAGAGUGGUGAUUGGAUUUGCAGAAGAUUAGGAUGUGGUAUGCACAACUAUGCCAGUAGAGCAGAAUGUUAUAAAUGCAAGAUGCCUAGGGAUUUUGGAGAUGACCUGAGAGAAAAUGAAUUAUAUUGAGGGAUGCGGCGACAUUAAGUUCUUAUUGAAGAUUUACCAGAACUCAUAACCUUCUUCUGUUAUUUUUUUCUUCCACUCUUCCUUUUAGUUUUACUUUUCUUCUUUCCUUAGAUUAUUUAUUCAAGAUUGUAACUGUUCAAGU